AUGCUUCUUGGAGGCCCUCUGAGGAAGCUGAAAGUGAGAGGUUCAGGCGGUGUGGAGAAUGAUGUCUUUGACUGUAGUGAUCCCAUACCUCCAGGCACUAGACAGUACUUUGAGUACCUCCAGAGCAGAGAGGUGACCCACUUCAAAGUACCGCUGUCGUGGACUCAACUCCUGCCUACAGGCCUCUCCAGCCAGCCGCAACAGGCCGUAGUUACCUGUUACAAGACUCUGCUGAAACUGCUGCACAGGGUCGGCCUGCAGCCUUUGGUCGUCCUUCAUGGUUCCACGGUGCCAGAAUCUCUGAAAUCAAGGUAUGGAGGCUGGGAGAGCCAGGAGCUGGUUCACAUGUUCCAGCAGUAUGCUGAGUUUGCCUUCCAGGAGUUUGGAGCGCUAGCAUCCUCGUGGGUGACACUGAGUGACUUGGGCCAUGUUCAACAUGAUGAGCAGACUGGAGGUGCUCCCAGGUCUCUACAAAAUAUCCUCCAACUCAACAAGAACAUCUACCAGCUCUACCAUCAACGGUUUCCUGAGAGCGUCCUGAAAAGCAAUGAUCUGAACAUUGUGGGAUGUGAUGUGAUGGAUAUGCUGCCUAAACUGGACGUGCAGGACGUCCCAACCAGUCAUGGUACUUUAGAGUAUAAAAGAACUGCAACAGCAAUUGGAGAUAGUUACCAGAAUGUGUGGAAUAAGUUUGGGUCCCAGACAACUACAGAACGAGAUCUUUUCAUCAAUGAAUCAUUCCCUUCUGGCUUCCAAUGGGCCACCUCAAGUGAGUCCUUCAAGGUUGAAGGAGGUUGGUCAGAAGAAGGGAAGGGACAGACCAUCUGGGACCGUUUUUGUCAUGAGGGCCUUGCCUUUGAGAGACAGACAGCUGAUGUAGCCUGUGACAGUUUCCACAAAGUGGAUUAUGAUGUCUACCUCCUGCGAGGUCUUAACGUCAACACAUACCAGUUUUCCAUUUCCUGGGCCCGUAUUUACCCAAACGUCUGGGGCUUCAGGCCCUCAGAGAAAGGGGCCCUCUACUAUGACAAGUUGAUUGAUGCUCUCAUUGAGUCUGGCAUACAACCUGUUGUCACUCUCUACCAUUGGGAUCUGCCACUGCAUCUCGCUUACAUGGGUGGAUGGGCUGACAUACAAGCUGUUAGGUCCUUCACGGACUACGCAGACUUCUGCUUCUCCAGGUUUGGAGACAGAGUCAAGAUCUGGAACACAUUCAGUAGCCCAUGGGUGGUGAGCCACGCUGGGUAUGGCACUGGUGAGCACCCACCUGGAGACAAAGACUAUGUGGACGCUGCCUAUCAGGUCACUCACAAUAUACUCAAGGCCCAUGCUGAAGCCUGGCAUCUCUAUAAUGAUAAGUACAGGAAGAAACAAGGAGGGAAAGUUGGCAUCGCAUUAAACUCUGACUGGGCUGAGCCUAUGGACCCCUCCAGACCUGAAGACAUAGCAGCUGCAGAUCGCUACCUGCAGUUCAUGUUGGGCUGGUUUGCACAUCCCAUAUUUGUGGACGGAGACUAUCCUGCAACAUUAAAGACUCAGGUAGAAGAGAAAAGAAAUAAGUGCCCAGACUCUGAGCCUGCAAGACUCCCAGUUUUCACUCCUGAAGAGAGCCAGAGGAUACGUGGAACAGCUGACUUCUUCGGAUUAAACCACUAUACCUCCCGGUUGAUCAACAACAGUGAUGGUGGCUGCAUCCCUGGUCCUCAGGGGGUCGGUGACUUCCAGGCACACGUGGACCCUUCAUGGCCAUCGACAGCUUCUGACUGGAUCUAUUCUGCACCUUGGGGUCUCAGAAGGCUUCUAAACUACAUUUCUACAGAAUACCUGAAGGCUACCAAAGUGCCCAUCCAUAUAACUGGGAAUGGUAUGCCUACUGAGUACAGUGGGGAGACUCUCAAUGACACCAGUCGAAUAGAGUACAUGAAGAGUUACAUCAAUGAGGCCCUGAAAGCUAUACAUUUGGAUGGAGUAAAUGUGCAGCGGUUUACUGUCCAGUCACUCAUGGAUGGCUUUGAAGGUCCACAAGGAUACAGUGAACGUUUUGGAUUGCACUAUGUCAACUUUGACCUGCCUGACAGACCCAGGACUCCAAAGCAGUCUGCCUACUUUUACUCCAAAGUUAUUGAGAAAAAUGGUUUUGCCCCCAACAACCUGUUAUUUCAUGUACCAGAAGUGAAAAACACAGAGUCAAAUAAACUUUUAUCAAUCCCACCUUCUACAGUCCCAUCCCAAGCCAGGGUUGUUUGGAGGAAAUUCUCCAGCCAAUCCAAUUUUCAGAGAAAACUCUUCCACUACGGUACUUUCCCACAAGGAUUCAGCUGGGGAGUAUCGUCUUCAGCUUACCAGAUUGAAGGUGGCUGGAAUGCUGAUGGGAAGGGGCCCAGCGUUUGGGACACAUUCACCCACAGGCCUGGCAGUUUUUUUCCUAUUCCAAAUGGAGAUGUGGCCUGUGACAGCUAUCACAGACUUGAAGAGGACCUCUACAUGCUUCGAGCUCUGAGGGUGAAGUCAUACAGAUUCUCUUUGUCUUGGUCCAGGAUCUUUCCUGAUGGUCAUCGCACCUCCCUGAACUGGAAGGGGGUUGACUACUACAACAGACUUAUUGAUGGUCUCAUAGCAUAUAACAUCACUCCCAUGGUGACACUCUACCACUGGGAUCUCCCUCAAGCUUUACAAGACCUUGGUGGCUGGGACAAUGUAAACAUGACUGAAACUUUUAACGACUUUUGUGACUUUUGCUUUGCCACCUUUGGAGACAGAGUGAAAUUUUGGAUGACCUUUAACCAGCCUCACACAAUUGCAUGGUCAGGAUAUGGACUUGGACAGAUCCCCCCAAAUGUUAAGCGCCCAGGAACUGCACCAUACAGAGUUGCACACAACAUUAUAAAAGCACACGCUAAGGCUUACCACACAUAUGAUGAUAAAUAUCGCAGUUACCAAGGUGGUCUGGUAUCCAUUGCUCUCAAUGCUGAUUGGGUUGAACCUAAAGAUGUUAAUGUUCUCCGUGAAGUGGUGGCUGCUGACCGCGCUCUGCAGUUCCAACUGGGUUGGUUUGCACACCCCAUUUUCAAGAAUGGUGACUAUCCUGAUGCAAUGAAGUGGCAAGUUGGAAACAAAAGUGAGCUCCAAGGUCUUUCAGAGUCAAGACUACCUUCCUUCACUGAAGAAGAAAAGAGCUUCAUUAACGGAACUGCUGACUUCUUCUGUGUAAAUCAUUACACUACAAAGAUAGUAAGCCAUGUUACAGCUCGGCUUAACCCUCAAUCUUAUAAAUAUGACAAGGACUUGUCAGAAGCAGUAGAAAAAGAUUCACCAACUACUGCCAUCAGUAACCAGACAGCUGUUGCAUGGGGUUUGAGAAGACUUCUCAACUGGAUCAAAGAGGAGUAUGGCGAUCCAGAGAUUUACAUUACUGAGAAUGGAGUAGCUACAGGCAUGAAGACCACAGUCGAUGACACUGCCAGAGUAUUUUAUCACAAGACCUAUAUUGAUGAGGCUUUCAAAGCCUACGACCUUGAUGGUGUGAAGGUGCGAGGAUACAUUGCGACGUCCCUCAUGGAUUCUUAUGAGUGGCUCAAUGGGUACAAAGUUGGAUUUGGGUUGCACCAUGUGGAUUUCACUAACCCAAACCGGCCAAGGACACCAAAGUAUUCAGCUCAUGUCUACUACCAAGUCAUAAAAGACAAUGGUUUCCCUAUGCCAUAUGAUGAGAGGAUGUAUUACGAAUUUUUCCCCAAUGAUUUUAUUUGGAGUACUGCAACAGCAUCCUACCAGAUUGAAGGGGGGUGGAGAGCAGAUGGAAAAGGUCUCAGCAUCUGGGACAAGUUUGCUCACACUCCUCUCCGAGUGGGCAAUGAUGACAAUGGGGACAUUGCCUGUGACAGUUACCAUAAAGUAGAAGAGGAUGUUGCAAUAUUGAAACAACUCAAGGUGACCCAUUAUCGAUUCUCCAUUUCCUGGCCAAGGGUGCUUCCUGAUGGCACCACCAAGUACAUAAAUGAGGCUGGACUCAACUACUAUGACAGACUGGUGGAUGCUCUGCUUGCUGCAAACAUCCAACCUCAUAUCACGCUCUACCACUGGGACCUCCCACAAGCUCUGCAGGAUAUUGGGGGCUGGGAGAAUGAGACUGUAAUUGACUAUUUCAGGGAUUAUGCUGACAUCAUCUUUGACCGUCUUGGCCACAAAGUUAAAUUUUGGAUCACCAUUAAUGAGCCAUACAAUAUAGCCAUGGUAGGCAAUGGCUAUGGAGCAGCUGCCCCAGGGAACAGUUUCCGACCAGCCACUCUGCCUUACAUUGUGGGUCACAACCUGCUUAAAGCUCAUGCUGAGGUCUGGCACCUCUACAAUGGCACGUACAGGGCCAAACAGGGGGGGCGAAUCUCCAUUACCCUCAAUUCUGACUGGGCUGAACCCAGAAAUCCCUAUAAGCAGGAGGACAUUGAUGCUGCAAGACGUGUUGUGCAGUUCACCAUUGGCUGGUUUGCCCAUCCCGUAUUUAUUGGAGACUACAGCAACAUAAUGAAGACAAUCAUUCGAGAACGGAGCUUAGCUGCCGGUCUGCUAAAAUCUCGGCUGCCAGAGUUCACUCCUGAGGAGAUUAAUAGGAUUAGAGGUACCCAUGAUUACUUUGGAUUCAACCAUUACACCACUGUUCUGGCAUUCCCUUUGGACUAUAAAAAUCAUCAGCACUAUGAUGGCGAUAAGGGUGCAGGAACAAUUGCUGAUCGCACCUGGCCAGAUUCAGGCUCAUCCUGGCUGAAGGUCACACCGUUUGGAUUCCGGAGGAUAUUAAACUUCAUUAAGAACGAGUAUGGAAAUCCACCAAUCAUCAUCACAGAAAAUGGCAUCUCAGAGCGGGGGCCUAUUGACCUAAAUGAUGUUCAGAGGAGCUACUACUAUGAAAAAUACAUCAACCAGGUGCUCAAAGCUUCCGUGAUAGAUAAUGUGAAUAUCCUUGGUUACACAGCGUGGUCGCUGAUGGACAACCUAGAGUGGGCUACCGGCUUUUCAGAGAGAUUUGGCCUUUUCUAUGUCAAUCGCUCAGACCCUACACUGCCUCGAGUGGCCAAGGCUUCUGUUGCUACAUACUCCACCAUCAUCAAGUGCAAAGGAUUUCCCAAUCCCGCCCAGGGACCCCAUGAGUGCAUGACCUCCGUACCUCAAAAAACCAGAGGCAAAGCUGUGAGCUUCCUGGGUAUGGAGCUCUCUAUCGGCGAAGCUGAGAUCGGACUUUACACCACCUUUGCUCUACUGAUUGCUGCAGUACUGCAGCAGUGCAAGUGUUGA